UGUUGAGUCCCUGCAAAGACCAGAAGGUGCAAAGAGAAGAAUGAGUGGCUGAAGACAGAAAAAUGAUGUCAUUUGGAAUCAGAGAACACUUGCUUUACUGGGUGCUGACGGGAGCAUUGAUUCUGUUCACCAGAGACCUGAACCGUGGAGGAGGGGCACAGGCAUGGAGCUACAACUAUAGUCGUGGUCCGAACCAGGAAUGGAAAGAGGCCCGCCAGUGGUGCCGGGAUCACUUCAUCGACAUGGUGAACAUCCGGAGCCAGGAGGAGGUCGAAUUUCUCAACAAUUUCCUGCCAUUUAACUCCAAAUAUUACUGGAUAGGGAUUGAAAAAGUGGAUGGAGAGUGGAUCUGGUCAGGAAGCAAUAAAAAUGUGCCAGAGGAAAAUCAAAAUUGGGCUACAGGAGAGCCAGAUGCCAUACCUGGUCAGGACUGUGUGGAGAUGUACAUCAAGAGGGACAAAGACACAGCCAAGUGGAACAAUGAGAAUUGCCUUAAACAAAAGGGGAUUGCCUGCUUCAGUGCUUCAUGCACGCACAUGUCCUGUAGCGCUCAUGCAGACUGUGUGGAGACUGUGGGGGGUUACACCUGCAAGUGCCAUCCUGGAUUCUUGGGUCCACGCUGUACAGAGGCAAUCACAUGUAAACCCCUAGCAGAUCCUCAACAAGGUUCCCACAAAUGUUUCGACCCCUUUGGGUCCAACGGUUUCAACUCUUCCUGCAGUUUCCAUUGUAAACUUGGCUUUCGGAUGGUAGGUGAGCCCGAGCUGGUUUGCCAAGCCAGUGGACACUGGAGCCGCCCUGUUCCUAUUUGUCAAGCUGAGCAGUGUUCUGUUCUGAACCACACCGACCUCAUCGGGGGCACGAUGAACUGCAGCCACCCGAUCAAACCGUACAGCUACAACUCCACCUGCGAGUUCCGAUGUCAAGAAGGCUACGAGCUCAUUGGACAGGACCACACACAGUGUGACCACAGUGGUCAGUGGACGGCUAGUAUCCCAGCAUGCACAGUGAAAAAGUGCUCCCCAGUUGUCCCUCCACAUGCUGGAAACAUGACAUGUGUAGACACCGUGGAGCCUUUCUCCUUUGGCUCGCAGUGUACCUUCAGCUGCCAGGAGGGCUACUACCUGACCGCUGAUGACACACUCACCUGUCUGGCUUCGGGGCAGUGGAGCAAACUUGCACCCAUGUGUGCAGUGAUCCAGUGCCACAGUCUACGGGCUCCCCCCCAUGCCUUUAUUGAAUGCCAGGACCCAAUAAAACCAUACAGCUAUAAAUCAACAUGCACAGUGGAAUGUAACGAAGGAUUUUAUCUGACUGGCACAAACAUGACGGAAUGCUCCCCACAGGGCAACUGGACUCACGCACUUCCUGUUUGCCUGGCUAAGACAUGUGAGUCACUCGCUUCUCCUCCCCAUGGCUCCCUGUCAUGUUCUGACCCCAACGGCCCCUUCAGUUUUGGUGCUCGAUGCUCAACAAAAUGUGAUGUGGGAUUUCUACUGAAUGGGACAGCCAGUACUGAAUGCACAUCCCUGGGCAUUUGGAGUGAUGAUAUCCCACACUGCAUGUCUCAGAGAUGUCCAACUCUGAACCCUCCCCCUCAUGGCUCCAUGGUGUGCUCUAGGCCUCAUGGAGAGUUCAGUUUUGGUUCUCGUUGUACGACCACCUGCCAUAAUGGUUUUCUUCUGAAUGGAACAGCUGACACAGAGUGCACCUCUGCAGGUGCAUGGAAAGUAAACGUUCCAGUUUGCUUGGGUAAAAAAUGUCCCACUCUGAACCCCUCACAUGGUUCUUUAGUCUGCUCUGGUCCACAUGGGAAGUUUAGUUUUGGUUUUCAGUGUACAUCAACCUGUCAGAAGGGGUUUAUUUUGAAUGGGAAAGCAGAAACUGAGUGCACAUCUCUGAGCAGUUGGAGCACCGACGUUCCUCAAUGCCUUGCCCGUUGGUGCCCUCUGCUGGACUCACCGCAGCACGGGAGGAUGAACUGCAGCCAUCUGAACUCUCCUUUCAGUUAUGGAUCACACUGUGACUUCCAGUGCAGUGAAGGCUUCUGGUUGAGAGGAACUUCAGCUCUGUCAUGCAACACAUCCGGCCACUGGAGUCAGGAUCUACCCACCUGCCAGCCGGUACAGUGUGAGGUCGUCCGCGCCUUGUCCAUACCCCUGCGUAUGAACUGCUCCCAUCCACUGGCAAAUUUCAGUUUUGGCUCUGAGUGUCUCUUUGCCUGCGAGGAUGGAUUCUCCCUGAAUGGCUCAGCGGCACUUCUCUGCACCUCUGCUGGGGUUUGGGGAGGUCAAGUGCCCAGCUGCAUAGUGGAAGGUAUGUCACUCGGGUCGAUGCUGCUGCUUUACGCUGGUUACGGGGCAAGCGCAGCUGUUUUAUUACUUGCUCUGGCGGGACUGGCUUUAUUGAUCACUACGAGGCUUAAAAAAAGAGGAAAUAUGUCCAUCUCUGAUGAUGCAGCAUGGGAAGAGAGAGAGAACCCAGCAUUUGAAUUUUAAUUUUUUUUUGCUUCUUUUUUAAAAUGUUUGCUUACCAUUUGCUAUGAUUAUUACUACAAGAUGCUUGCAUGUUAUUAAUAAAGCAUUUCCAAAU